UAAAUACACAGGCGCGGACUAUGGAUAACACGUUAUACUUCGUACUCGACAUUAUGUAUACCGUUUUUAGAAGCCGUGAAGCUUCCUCAAAGGCUCCUUUAAUGCACUUCAGCGCUGCCCGUCUGUCCUACGCUAUUUCAUGGUUUGUCUUCAUGCCGUAGAAAGCAGAAGCUCGUGCUGGCCUCAGCGGCUGCGGGGUUCUACUGCAAGGGACAAACAUGCAAUGUCACAGAGGCCAAGACAAACAACAAAGACCAAGAAACAUGGGACAAAAAAUGAUCUCCAAGACAGUCAUAUUGAGCAGGCGGUGAUUGAAGAUGUGCAGCCCUGGAAAAACAUGUUCCGCCCAGCAUGCUCUUUGCCACCAAAGGAGAAUAGUUUCACCUUGGAAGAUGAAUCUCUCUCAGCUGCUAUGGAGAGCAUCUUAUCCUCUCUCACGGUGUCGGACCCUCAUGAGGAAGGCAAUCCUCUUUGUUACGUCAGUCCCGGUUUCCUGUCCAUGACUGGGUACAAUGAGGACGAGUGCCUGGGAAGGAAUUGCAAGUUUUUGCAGGAUGGUAAGCUUGACCCUUCUACGCACGAAGCGCUCCGUUCCGCCAUCAGCGAACGACGCUUUGCAACGGUGGAGGUGACCAAUUUUCGCAAGGGUGGCCGGCCCUUUCAAAACUUGCUCAGCCUUUUGCCAGUGUUUGGCGAAGACGGCGCCUCGCUACUGCAUUUUGUGGGUGUCCACUGCGACUUGGACGAGCGCCGGCGGCGGGGCGAGACUGUGGACGACGCAUUCGUGGCGAAGUGGGAGGAGCACUUGAGG